UCUGGCUCCUUCCGCUGUCAGGACGCGACGGAACGAGUUGGGCCGGGCCGGAGGGGUUCCGUGAGUCGAGAUGGCGCUCCGGAGUCCACUUUGAACCCUCAUUUGGAGGAGACGCGACCUUUGCCACGAUGUUGCGGAGGAUUUUACAGAGGACUCCAGGUAGAGUUGGGUCUCAGAGCUCUGACUCAGAAUCAUCUGCAAUUUCUGGAAAUGCGGUGGAUGUCAACAAUGAGGGCUCUUCGGAGGGAUUUAUUUGCCCUCUUUGUAUGAAAUCCCAUGGAUCAGCUGAAGAACUUUUUAAACACUAUGAAGCGGUUCAUGAUUCUGGUAUUGAUUCAAGUCAUGGAGGAGAAUCUAACAUGUCUCCAAAAAGGGAUGACAUAACACUUCUCCAGCAAGAGGUUCACGACUUGCAAGCUUCACUUAAGGAGGAACGAUGGUACUCUGAAGAACUGAAGAAAGAAUUAGAAAAAGUGCAGAGGCAGCAAGAGUCUAAACUUGAUGGACCAUCAACUGCAUCAUCUACAGAAUUAGAAUCAUUACAAAAUCAGCUGGAAGAGAGUCAAGUAGAAAACUUCAAUGUUAAGCAGAUGAAAGACUUGUUUGAACAGAAAGCCGCCCAGUUGGCCACUGAAAUUGUGGAUCUUAAAGCCAAAUAUGAUGAAGAAACAAGUCUGCGAGCAGCAGCAGAACAGAAAGUGACAAAUUUGUCACAUGAAUUAAAGAAAGAAAGAGAGAGAUGUGAAGAUUUACAAAAUGAGCUGCUUCAGAGGCCUGGUGUGGAAGAUGUCACUGUUUUGAAGAAGGAGUUAGUCCAAGUUCAAACAUUAAUGGACAAGAUGACUUUGGAGCGUGAAAAAGAAUCUGAGAAAUUGAAAGAAGAGUGCAACCAUUUGAGAGCAGAGUGUACAACCUCAGAGGCUACCAUCAAUCAGUUAAGAGCUGAACUCGCUAAAGGACCACAGGAAGUUGCUGUGUAUGUUCAGGAGCUUCAAAAAUGUCAAACUUCACUUACUAAAUUAACACAGAAAAAUCAGAGUCUGACUGAAAAGUUGAAAAAGAGGGAGUCGGAUUAUAUUCAGUUAGAAGAGAAACAAAGUGAAGAAGCAUUAGUUAAGAAGAAUCUGCAAGCAACCCUUAAUCAAAAGGACCUGGAUUGUCAACAACUUCAGGCGAGGUUGUCUGCAUCUGAGGACUCAUUGAAGAGGUUACAGAAAGAAUUGGAUGGAAGGGAGGAAGCAAGUCAGAAAAUUAAGGAGGAAUUGUCAGAAACGGAGACAAAGUAUCAGCAUCUUAAGGCAGAGUUCAAGCAGUUACAGCAGCAAAGGGAAGAAAAAGAACAGCACAGCUUGCAACUUCAGAAUGAGCUGAACCAGUUACACAAUAAACUUCUGGAGACGGAGCGUCAACUUGGAGAAGCACAUGGGCGGCUAAAAGAACAGAGGCAAUUAUCUAGUGAAAAGCUGAUGGACAAGGAACAGCAGGUGGCUGAUCUUCAGUUAAAACUUUCACGUUCUGAGGAACAGCUAAAGGAGAAAGCAGCAAAUACAACCGAAUUGCAACAUCAAUUAGAUAAAACAAAACAGCAACACCAGGAGCAACAGAAUCUUCAACAGAGUACCACAGCAAAGCUGCGAGAAGCCCAGAAUGAUUUGGAACAGGUUCUACGUCAGAUCGGUGAUAAAGAUCAAAAGAUCCAAAAUCUUGAAGCUCUUCUGCAAAAGAGUAAGGAUAAUAUUUCCUUGCUAGAAAAGGAAAGGGAAGACUUGUAUGCCAAAAUUCAAGCUGGUGAAGGAGAAACAGCAGUUCUUAACCAGCUGCAGGAAAAGAAUCAUACAUUGCAGGAACAGGUAACUCAACUGACAGAAAAGCUGAGGAACCAGUCAGAAAGUCAUAAACAGGCCCAAGAGAACUUGCAUGAGCAAGUGCAGGAGCAGAAGGCACAUUUGCGAGCCUCUCAGGACCGUGUCCUUUCCUUGGAAGCAACUAUAAGUGAACUGAAUAGUCAGAUAAGUGAAAGCAAAGAAAAAGCAAUUCAACUUGAUUUACAGAUAAAAGCAAAAACGGAAUUGCUGCUGUCGGCGGAAGCAGCAAAAGCUGCUCAAAGGGCAGAUCUUCAGAAUCAUUUGGACACUGCUCAGAAUGCAUUACAGGACAAACAACAGGAGUUAAAUAAGGUCGCCACACAGUUGGAACAGGUUACUGCUAAGCUUCAUGACAAACAGGAAUACUGUACUCAGUUGGAAGCCAAUCUUAAAGAGUACAAGGAAAAGCAUCUUCAUUUAGAGCAAAAAAACGAAGAGCUUGAAAGUCAGUAUAAGAAACUAGAAGCUGACAUUCUUGAAGUUACGGGGAUUAAAGAAAAAGUUCUUCAGGAGCUUCAGCAGCAAAAGCAACAGUGCACGGACUUAAAUCUCAAAGCUGCAGAACUGACCAAACAAGUAGAUGCAGAAAGAGAAAUAGUAUCUAAUACCAAAUCAGACCUACAAAAGAAAUGUAAUGCUCUAAAAAACGCAAGUCAGCAUAUAUCAAAACUAGAGGAAGAAAAUGCAAGACUGAAGCUGGAAUUUGAGAAAAUGCAUGAAGAUACGAACAGGCAACGUAAGGAACUAGAUGAAAAACUGCAAGUAGUAACAGAAGAUUCGCAAAAAAUGAAGUUGGAAAAAGAUACUCUAUUAAAGGAGUUUGAAGUGAUCAAAGACAAGCUGUCAAAGAGCACUGAAUCUGUGAAAGAAGCCAAAGAUGAAUUGGAAAAGGAAAAACAAAAAGGAAAGGUGGCAGUUGCAGAAAUGGAGAAGUCUUGUCAAGAAACUAAACGUCAACUUCAAGUUCAGACAGAAUCUAUAGCUAAAGAACAAAAUGAACUGAAAAACUCACUGGAAAAACAGGAAGGGAUCUCCAAGCAGCUGGCAACAGACCUUGAUUUGGCACGUGCACAAUUACUGCAGACUCAAGGUGUUCUAAAGGAAAAAGAAAAAAAUGAGCAGCAGCUCCAGCUGAAGUUGAAAGAACUGAAAGAUUCUUUUGAUCAGAAGAAAAAACAAAAUGAAACCCAACAAGCUGAAUUAAAAACAGCUCUCUUGGAAAAGGCAGAACUAGAGAAUAAACUACAGCAACAGAUAACAUUGUCAACACAGGAACUUAUAGCAGAGAGGGAAAAAAUCGUGGAACUACAGAAUACACAUAAACAAACCCAAGAAAAAAUGGACAGAAUUCAGCUGGAUAUUUAUGGUAAAGAAUCAGAGCUCUUGGCUAUACGGCAAGACCUGAAGUCUACAGAGGAGAAACUUGCUUUAGCUCAAGAGGAACUGAUUUCUAACAGAAAUCAAAUUAGUAAUCAUAACCAAUUGAUCAAAGAACUCAAGACUGUAAGAGCUACAAUGGAACAAGAUGCAUCAAAAAAAGAACAGCAGUUAAAGGAGCAGGAAAAUCUGCUACAGGAGAUACAGAAAGAGAAGGCUUUAAAAGAAAAAGACUUGGCUAAUGAGAAAUCCAAAACAACAGAGUUCCAGAAUAUAAACAACAAAUUGGAAAAAGAGAAUGCUAAACUGAAGGAAGAGGGCAGGGCCUUCAAACAAGAGUUUGAGAAGGAAGUUACAAAUCUAAAAGAGGCCAAGCAGCUGUUGAUUCAGCAGAAAUUAGAGCUUCAGGGGAAAGUUGAUAACAUGAAUACAGCUCUUGAAAAGGAGAAAAAGAAUAGAGAAAUGAUCAAAGAUCAGCUGAAAAAGAGAGAAGAAGAUUUGAAGAAGAAAUCCUCUGAACUUGAAGCAAAAUUGCAAGCGGAGAUUAAAGAAAAAGAUGAACAAUGUAAAAGUCAUGAGGAGUCGGAGGGUAAGCUCAACAUGCAGAUCACAGCAUUGAAUGAAAACCUGGGUACAGUGAAGAAAGAGUGGCAAAGCAGCCAAAGAAGAGUUGGUGAGCUGGAGAAACAAACAGAUGAUCUGCGUGGAGAGAUUGCAGUACUAGAAGCCACCGUACAAAAUAAUCAGGAUGAGAGGAGGGUGUUGUUAGAAAGGUGCCUUAAAAGUGAAGGAGAAAUUGAAAAGCUUCAAAGCAAACUGAUGGAUUCACGAAGAAAACUGGAUGAUACUACUGCAGCCAUGCAAGAGCUCGGCAGAGAAAACCAGUCACUGCAGAUCAAACAUACACAAGCCCUAAAUAGGAAGUGGGCAGAAGACAAUGAGGUUCAGAACUGCAUGGCCUGUGGAAGAAACUUUUCUGUAACAAUAAGAAGGCAUCAUUGCAGACAAUGUGGAAAUAUCUUCUGUGCCGAGUGUUCAUCAAAGAAUGCCUUAACUCCUUCUUCAAAGAAACCUGUUCGUGUUUGUGAUACUUGUUUUGUUGAUUUACAAGGAUAACUACUAUUAACUCUUACAUGUUAUGCUAGAAUAAAAGUUUCUGGUAUGCACUUCGUACAGCUCUCAGACUACUGUUUGGUUUGGGCUAUGAUUGUAACAAUUGGCAAAAUUCUAGUAGCAUUUAAAAUAUACUUUGCUGAUAAAAAUUUCAAAUUGUACUUCUUGUAAGGCUGAUGUUAUUUAUGGCUUAUUUGGUUUUUACCCUACAGGAGCUUCUUUGUCUAGUUUAAAAAUCUCCAAUAGCCUGUAAAUAAAGUUUAAGCAGAGAAGCAACAAUUGAUUUUUUAAAUUCUGAUUUCUUUGUUCAAAAGUAAAGAUAUUUGUAGGGAUUUUGUGUACCAAAUAUAGCUGCUGAAAUGGCAUAGUUACAUUUUGAUGGCUGCAGUGGAAUGUUUAAGAUAAUUGUCCCAAACAGCUGUUGUUUUGUUUUGUUUUUUGCCUUUUCUUUGUUUUUCCUUGCUGGUAGUUCACCCAGUUAAUGUAAAACUGCCUUGAGCUUUUAAAAUACUGGACUUGUUCACUAGGAUAUCACUAUAUGCUUCACUGAAAAUGAAAAACAGAGUUAAGACUGUAGUGUACGUUUGACAUAUCUUCUGUGAAUACAUAAUAUCAAAGGUAUUUAUGUGGCUUACAUCCUCAUUAAUAUGCAAGUUCUUUUACCUUUGAGGCAGGUCUGUGUUUAAUUCUCCCCACUACAAGCUCUUAUGCAUCUUUGCAUUUUGAGGCUACCACUAAAAAUAUUUUCCCAGGUAAGUAAUUAAGAACCCUGGCACUCCAGCAUUUCCACUGUAUAGUUUUUGUCUAUUUUUCUCAGUUCUUGCUAAAGGCUUGCUUAGUCAGUUCGCAGAAAUGGAGUAAAAUACCCAACUCUGUUAAUACAAGAUGACUUCAAAGAUUUUUAGAAAACAAAAAUUCUACAACCAGUAUCCAUCCUGCCUUACCUGAACAUGUUUAAUGAGAUAUAUGUCGAUUGGGGCAUAGUACAAUGGUGCCAUAUUUUAUUCAGCUGAAAUUGCUGUUAACAAGUUUAACAUUUGGAUGUAGGUGACAUAUAUGUCAUAUUGCUAUAUUGUUGUCCUUUGGCUGAGAAAGGUAUGCUGGCAAUAUCCUCACAUAAAUACCUACAUGCACAUGUAUGUAUUGUGUUGCUUCACAAUAGUGGUGUGCUUGUGAAAUGUAGGAUUACUGAAAUGCAAGGUGGCAUUUAAAAUUUGAAAUUUGUGGGGGGUUUUGAACCGUUUAAAACGCCGUGGAGUUUUCCUUGAUACCUUGUUUGGGAAUGAAAUGAACAAGCAAGCACAGAUGCUAUCUGUCAUUUGAUUAAUAUAAUUGUAAUGCAACUUUGGAAUAAUUAAACCUUAAGAACACGUUGUUAUUUAUUUUCAAAGAAAGAUGAGUAGGAAGUGCUAUCAAUGAAAUCUCCACACAUUCAAACAUGAUGAAUGAAACUUGCAGAUGUCCUGAAUCAGGUAUGCAAGUUCUGCCUAUGUCAGAUUUUCAGCUGCAGUUUUUGGACCCCUGGUCCUGAAAUUUGAGCAGAGAAAAGAAAUAUCAAAAGCAGCCACUGAAUAAAAGGGAAUUAUUAGCGUUGUCACCUGGUUUUUAAAAUUAGUUUAAAUUGGUUCAAUAUACAUCAACUUGCAUAUGAGUAAACAAGCUCUGACAUUUUUGUUUUGUUUUUAGCUGAUGCCUUUGUAGUAGGCACUGCUGUGGGGCAGCAUUCACUCCUGCAUGAGAGACAAUGUUUAGUACCUCUUGGAAGGUAGCAUCUGUCAUCCGUGGUUUUUGUAAAUGCUGAUAUACAAUUAAGCAGGGCCUUGUUAAUUAUUAAUUAAUUGACUACACACUGGAGCCCUAGACAUUACAUAUAUUUGGGAGCAGAAGUGUACAAUUAUAUUGUCCAGAAGAAGAGUAUAAGAUUUCUCUAACAGUGGUACAAUUUGGAAAUUUGAAUUACUUCAAGUAGAAAACCAAAAACCUCAGGAAGGAUAAGAAUAGCAUUGACAUGCACUAUGCACUUUUUCUUUCUAGUAUAAUGAACAUAAUAUGCAAGAGAUGAAAUGACUAUUUUUCAAGAACUGAUGAUACACAAGUGUCUGUUCUGAGAUAAGUGCUGAUUGAAAUCCAUAGAAAUUUUGUUUGUGCUUAGGACUAUUAUUUCAAUAAUUCCUAUGCAUUCCCAUGGAAACAUACAUUGCGAAAGAAUCUGCAUGCUCUUAAUGACCAUUGUUUUAUUUAAUUUUUUAAAAUGAAAAGUGUGAGUUUAGCAAUUUUGCACAUUUACAUUAUUAGUUUAAGUGGUUUUCAUUAUUCAUUUUUGGGAUCUUGCUUUUUGACCAUUAAAUCACACUAGAAUUUACUAGAUGGUAUGUUUUCCAAAUCAUAGCAAUAAGUACAGAAGAAAAACCCCUACCUAAGAGAACUAUGUUGUCUUACACUAUGAUGUGAAUAACUAAAACUUAUAAGAAGUAUACCCUUAAAACAAUUAUAGUUGCUGCCUAAGAGCUGUCCCUCAUUGUUGACAGUUUUCCUAUCCAUAAAACAACACAAGAUUCUAUGCAGUCAUUUUACAACAGCUACUUGAGCUGUAGAGCAUGUUUGGUAUUAGUACAUUAAUAUUUUGUGUUCUGAUUAAAGAGGCACCGCGUUCAGUGGCAGUUUCUUUUUUCCAUAGUCAUUUCCACAUGGAUAAAUUUUACUGCUGGCAUUUUUUCAAGUUGAACAAUUUUUAAAUGAUUUGGUCAUUGUUGAUAUAUCAACAGACUGGUGUGGCAGGUCCGGGUCUUUUGUUCACUAUUACAAAAGCUACAUUGCAUCAUGUUGUUUAAUCCCAGUUCACAGCACCAAAGGGAUAAAUGAAGAAUGUCAUAUUCAGUUUGCAAACACAGAAACUUUUUAUAAUAGAUAUCUGUCCAAAAUGCUGCUUGUAUAGGAUUUGUCACUUUUGUAAAAAAAAAAAAUUAGUUUUUAAAAAAACACAAAAAUAUUCAAUCUGACACUUUAUGAUUCUCUAUAAGAUUUCAUUUAACUACCUCUUGAUAUGAAAUUCGACUAUAGUCUAGUUUGUUAGGGUCUUCUUCCUCACUAUAAUGUUAAGUAUAAUUUGUGAUGACUGCCAAAUUUGCAAGUGUUUUGUCUAACCAAAAAUGUAAUAUUUAGGAAUGUAUGUGUGUUAAAUAAUUUCAGAUUAUGAUUAAUGCACUUCCAUUCUUUUGAACUUUGUAGUCUCAACUCUUAAAAAAAACCUGUUGCAGUUGGACAGGUGUUAAAUUAUCAACACAAACUGUCCUAGCUAAGAUCUGUUGGACUAUAUCAACUGUGUAUGUCAUUUUGGCGACAGGCUACCAUUAACAUUUAUGUGCCAUUAUAUUAGCCUCUUUUUCCAAAACUGUAGACGAGGUUGACAAAUGCUAUUAUGCUAUAACGAAUGUGUGCCACAAAUUGUACUGUCUUGUUAGCCUCUUUCUAAUGAUUGGUUUAUUAUGGUUGCAGAUGUGAAUAUUGUGAAUAAUAUUUACUGAUUUUUCUGUAUAAUUGUACAAAUUAGAAUUGGAUAAUUUCUGUGCUUACCUUUAUAUUUACAGGAAAAGUAUUAAGGUAGUCUUAGAGACAUUGCACUUCUUUUUAAACUGGACUCUUGUAGUCAUAUGAUCUGUAGAUAGUCUUGCAUGACCAUUUUAUGAGUUGGAUUCUCUUAAGUCCUCCUUUCAGUGGUGUGUUUAUGACUUGUUGUCAUGUAGUUGUGCCUUAAUUGUGAAAGGGUUUGGUUCAGUAUGCACUAUAAUCCCUAAACUCCACAUUUGGAAAUUAAUGAAAGCGAAGGACAAGAAAAUGACACCAUGCAUCAGCUAAUUCCGUAUGAAACACAUGGUGGAUAAUUGUGAAAAUGUUACUUUUGUAUUCUAAUCUGUUAUUGGGCUGAAAAUAAAAUUAGACAUUUCUAUCA